GUCUUCUUCUCCAUCACCAUUCACCACCCUUCUCCUUCCUUCUCUUAUUUGUUUAAUUGAAAAAAAAGUCAAAUAACAAAAAAUUUAAACUAAUAAUUUCCAAAAUAAAAAGACAGUCAUGCGAUCCAGAUCUCUGAUACAACAAUCCAACAAUCAUCAUUAACCCACUUUUGUAAAAACAAAAUGACACGAAUGUUGUCCUUAGUGGUAUUCAUAGUACUAGUAUGUUUGAUGAAUGUCGGGUCAGGUCAAAGGAUCCACACGUUGUUUUCAGUAGAAUGCCAAGAUUAUUUUGACUGGCAAACUGUUGGGUUGGUUCAUAGUUUCAAAAAAGCCCGUCAACCCGGCCCGAUUACAAGGCUACUUAGUUGCACUGAUGAUCAGAAGAAACAUUAUAAAGGAAUGAAUUUAGCUCCCACUUUUGAAGUUCCUUCUUACAGUAAACACCCUGUUACUGGUGACUGGUAUCCUGCAAUUAACAAGCCAGCGGGAGUUGUUCACUGGCUUAAACAUAGUAAAGAUGCAGAAAAUGUUGAUUGGGUUGUUAUACUGGAUGCAGAUAUGAUUAUCAGAGGCCCAAUUUUACCAUGGGAGAUUGGUGCAGAGAAAGGAAGACCUGUUGCUGCAUAUUAUGGGUACUUGGUGGGGUGUGAUAAUAUACUUGCCAAAUUGCACACUAAGAACCCUGAACUAUGUGACAAAGUUGGUGGCCUUUUAGCAAUGCAUAUAGAUGAUCUUCGAGCUUUGGCACCAAUGUGGCUCUCUAAAACAGAGGAAGUACGAGCAGACACAGCUCAUUGGGGAACAAAUAUAACCGGUGAUAUUUAUGGCAAGGGGUGGAUCAGUGAGAUGUAUGGAUACUCAUUCGGCGCAGCAGAGGUGGGACUCCGACACAAAAUUAAUGAUAACCUGAUGAUCUACCCAGGAUAUAUUCCACGAGAGGGGGUUGAGCCUAUACUAAUGCAUUAUGGCUUACCAUUUUCUGUUGGCAACUGGUCAUUUAGUAAAUUGGAACAUCAUGAAGAUGGUAUUGUUUAUGAUUGUGGACGGCUAUUUCCAGAACCUCCAUAUCCCCGAGAAGUGAGGGCAAUGGAACCUAAUCAGCACAAACUGAGGGGACUUCUCUUAAAUAUAGAAUGUAUGAAUACACUAAAUCAAGGUCUCCUAUUACAACAUGCAGCAUUUGGCUGCCCCAAGCCAAAAUGGUCAAAAUAUUUGAGUUUCUUGAAAGGUAAAAGUUAUGCCGAGAUGACUAAACCUAAAGGUCUGACCCCUCAGAGUUUGAAAAUUAUGGAAUCACAACACGAAGAAUCUCUAGUAGAUGAACCUGUAAAUCCAAACACAAAAAUCCACACACUUUUCUCCACAGAAUGCACCCCGUAUUUUGAUUGGCAAACAGUUGGUCUGAUGCACAGCUUUAGCCUCAGCCGACAGCCGGGAAAUAUUACAAGACUUCUAAGUUGUACAGAAGAAGACCUGAAACAAUAUAAAGGUCAUGAUUUGGCUCCCACACAUUACGUUCCAUCUAUGAGUCGACAUCCAUUGACAGGGGACUGGUAUCCGGCGAUAAACAAACCUGCUGCAGUCCUUCAUUGGCUCAAUCAUGUCCAAACUGAUGCUGAAUAUAUAGUAAUCCUUGAUGCUGACAUGAUCAUGAGAGGACCAAUUACUCCAUGGGAGUUUAAAGCAGCGCGAGGCAGACCAGUUUCGACUCCCUAUGACUACCUUAUUGGGUGUGACAAUGAGCUUGCAAAACUCCAUACUAGCCAUCCUGAAGCUUGUGACAAGGUUGGUGGUGUGAUUAUAAUGCACAUAGACGAUCUUCGAAAGUUUGCUCUCUUGUGGUUGCAUAAAACAGAGGAAGUAAGAGCUGACACUGCACAUUAUGGCAAAAAUAUAACUGGAGACAUCUAUGAGUCUGGGUGGAUUAGUGAAAUGUAUGGUUAUUCCUUUGGUGCAGCAGAGCUGAAGUUGCGGCAUGUUAUAAGCCGUGAAAUAUUGAUAUAUCCUGGAUAUAUUCCUGAAUCUGGAGUCAAGUAUCGAGUUUUCCACUAUGGGUUAGAUUUUGGGGUUGGGAACUGGAGUUUUGAUAAAGCAAACUGGAGAACCGUUGAUGUGGUCAAUAAGUGUUGGGCUAAGUUUCCUGACCCUCCAGAUCCUUCAGAAGCUGAUCAAACAAAUGAGGACAGUAGACAACGUGACUUGCUAAGCAUAGAAUGCGGAAAGACACUAAAUGAAGCUCUUCGUUUACACCAUGAAAGGAGGAGAUGUGGUGACCCUAAAUACAUAGCCCAGCCAGAUCCGGAGAUACUAAAUGAAGGCACUAUGGGUGAUAAAUUUGGUCAAUCUGAGGAAAGUAAUAUGGUAACUGGUGAUAACUCUACAUUGGUGGAUGACUCAUCAUUGCCUGAAGAAUCAAGUCAGACGUUUCUUCAUUUUAGAUUUUGGAUGAUAUUUUUAUGGGCAUCUUCGGUUUUAGGUUUUGGGGUGGUGAUGAUGGUAAUACUUAGAGGCCGUAAAGGGCAGAAGAAAAGAGGGAAAGGCUCGAAGAACAGAAGGAGGUCCUCACAUUCAGGUUUCUGGGACAUUAACGACCAAGAUAGGACUGUUCGCACCUCUGAAGUAUGAUGAAAGCUUCAAAGAAUCAGUCUUUAGCUGGUUUUUGAUGGUCGAGUCACCAAAAUUGUAGCAUAGAUUGGUGGGUAGAGCUGAAGAAAUUUGCAGAUCCCGAGAAAGGAAAUCUUGAAAUCCUGAUUAUAAUGCAUAAAAAAAUGUGUAAUUUUGUUGUAAUGUUAGAUUAUAUCCAGUUAUAAAUAUGGAGAAUGUAAAUUUUGGAGAAGCUUUAUUAUUUGAAGAGUUGAAACACGUAAUUCACGAGA